UCCCUCCUUGCACGCCCCUCCAUCCCCCCACCCGCGGCGGGACUGUCUAUGGAUUUCUCUCCUCUCUCUGUCUCACACACAUUUUAUUUGAAAGCAUUGAAUAAGUAGCUCAGGCUCUCGCUCAGACUUAAGGGGCUGAUGAACUACGCCCCCGCCGCAACCAGCUUUCUCUGCACCCCAAUCCAUCCCCGCUCCAGACGACGGGCUUAGAUUCUGCUAUCACGUAGGCAGUGAGACUGGGAAAGACGGGAGGCCUCCCAAGAAACCAUCAAGACAGAUAUCCGCUGGUUUUAGGGUGUUCCCCAAGGCAAGCAUCUGGGGCGCCUCCGGCAGAUGCUCGCCCUCGGGGCCGACCAGGAGGCUGUAGCCUUGCAAGGCGCCACCGCCCAGAGCCCAAGUCCGGGUUGGAGGGGUGGGCGGCACCGCCUCUCAGGGGACGUUCUCUCCACUUUGGAGAGAAAGGAAGGAAGAAAUGCACCAUAGGAAAAUGGGCUUCGACUUUUUGUGCCUGUGCUUUCAUGGAAGUCGCCAGCUCUCCGGCUGCUUAAGAUGCUACUCAGAAGCGCGCCCAGCCAGGCAGUGGCCAUCCACGCUAAGUCCUCGUGUUUUGGUUGGCGAGCACUUUGGGUAGCACCGCGAUACACAAUAGCCACCAGGGCUAGGAGAGAUGCUCGCUAUGCUUACCUGUUGGCAAAAAUAAAAUGCAAAAUAAAAAAAUUUAAUUUGGAAACUAACACGCGGUGACAUCUCUUAGAACCACAGCUCGCUCUUCAGACAAAAGCCAAUUUUACCACCGCGCAAACCCAUUGAGCCCUGGAAGUUCCGUUUGCGGCACUUUGGCGCCCUCUGGCUGUAUCAGGAUUGCUUGCUUGUUCUGCUUCAUCCUGAAAGAAUAGCGGGGGUAAUGGAAAUGUAUGUUGCCUUCUUGGUUGGAUCUACCCUCAUGAGUGAAGCAUAGAUUUGGGGCAAGCCAGCCUUCCACGUCCUGGAUGAUAAAACACAACUACGUUUAGGGAAAUGAAUGCCAAAGUAGUGUUGAAUGCAGGGGAAGCAGCCAUUUGUUCCAUUGGCUUCCGCAGGGCAUCACGGACAAACUUAGGUCAGACUCCUAGGAGAAAGCUCCCUUUUUACGAGCCCUCCAGGGUCCCCCUCCAACCAACUCUCCAACCACCGCUGCAAGAAAAACCAGGCGGGUUGCUUCAAGAACAAGGCCAAAGAUUACCAUUGCGGAAUUUGAAUUCCAUUCCCUGUCGCUACAGGCUAACUGAAAGCAAACGGCUUAACUCCCCUCAUUUCACCUGCUCCUUAUGUCCACUGCCAAGAGUGGUGCCCGAAAUGAAUCUGCAAAUGCAAAAUGAAGUUGCCAGCGGAAUGUCAGGGACUCACCCUCCUGUUAUAAGUAAAUCGGGAGAUGCUAUGAUGCCCUCUCCAAGUGUAAACACUGUCCAAGCUUGGUGCCUGUCUGCCUCUGCUCUUUCAGUGGAUCCUUAAGAUCCCAAGUAGUUUCUGUAAUCCUCUUGCUCCUCACGACCAAGCAGCUCCUAUGCUGAAGGGACAGCCGAAUGAAGUAUUUCUCUCCGAACUAAUAAAGUGAUAUGAAAUAAAA